AUGCCUCCAACAACGUCCACAUCGGCUCUAACACCACAAGAAGCCUUACCAUCGAUUACUGUGGUCGCCGACUCAGUAUUUCCCCGAUCGCUGGAUCUCGAUCUGCCAACGCUUUCAUCGCUAUCUCUCGAUUUACCCACUCUGUCGCUACCUUCUCUGUCCCUCGACCUCCCAACUCCAACCUGCACGCCGACCAUACAACCCGACAAGAAUGGCUACGUCCCUCCUGGCAGCUGUGAUGCUCUCUGGCAAUACUCCCCCUCGUUCGCCGCCGCCACUGCGUUUGCAGUGCUGUUUGGAAUCCUCCUCAUAGCCCACAUUGUACAAGCAAUCUACCACCGUGUUGGCUAUACUUGGGUGAUCAUCAUGGCAGUGUCCUGGGAGGCAGCUUCAUAUGGCUCCAGGGCGGCAGCAUCUCUAAACCAACAAAGCGAUGGCCUUGCAACGACAUCACAACUCUUAGUACUGGUGGCACCUGUUUGGGUCAAUGCAUUUGCGUAUAUGGCCUUUGCCCGCAUUGUGCACUUCUUCUCGCCCACUCGCAAGGUGUGGAGAAUCUCCCCGAGCAUACUUACCGUCAUCUUCGUCACACUCGACAUUGCCUCGUUCAUCGUUCAGAUAAUCGGAGGAGGCCAAGCUGGUCCAGGAGCAUCGCCAGAAGUCCAGAAACAAGGCAUCAACAUCUACAUGGGCGGCAUUGGUAUGCAGGAGGGAUUCAUCCUGAUCUUCUUGGGCCUCGUGAUCAAGUUCCACUGGGACCAGCACCGCUAUCAUCAGACCGGUCACCUCGCACCUUCGAAACGCCAUUGGCGUCCUCUCCUCUAUUCCCUCUACGCAUGCUUGCUCUUCAUCACAAUCCGCAUCAUAUUCCGCCUCAUCGAGUUCUCAGGGGGAGAAAACGAGAGCAACCCGAUCCCGUACAACGAGCGUUACUUCUACGCCUUCGAAGCGAUGCCGAUGUUUCUCGCCAUUCUGGUGUGGAACCUCUCCCAUCCUGGCCGCUUCAUCCAAGGUCCCGACGCCAAAUUGCCGUCUUCUUGGAUUUCACGAAAGCUGUGCUGUUGCUGCCAUCGCUCCAAGAGACAUCCCGGCGGUACUGAAAUGGCUGUUUUACUUUCACGAGAGCCAUCGCCAUCGCGAGAAGGGUUCCAGGAGAGAUUUAGUCGAGAAGUAAAACAUCAGUUGGGCGGGGAACAUGUGCGUGCUGACGGAUCAUCGUCUUCGACUUCUCGAGAAGUCAGCCCGGUGCCGCGUGCAGCAAUUUAUUAG